UGUGUACUUAUUUUGUGUACGCGUGGACGUAAUCACUAGUAGCAAAAAAUGAACUGUUAACUCAGUUGUUUGAUUAAUGUCCCCAUCAAGUGUGUCCGAUGAGUCGGACGGGUACCGGCUGCACAUUUCCGGGUAUUCAGGCUCCGCGGGAGACGCCAUGGCUGACAGCAACGGGCAGAGGUUCUCCACUGUGGACAGGGACAAUGAUGGCUGGUACAGACACUGUUCCCAGCGGUACGGACAGGCCGGCUGGUGGUUUUGGUUCUGCGGCCACUCCCUCCUCAACGGCCGUUACCUGGGCAACUGUGGGAACUCCUGUGCACACGUGCAAGGUGUGAUGUGGAAUCACUGGAGAGGCUGGCAUUACUCCCUGAAGUCUGUGUCUAUGAAGAUCAAGCCAUAAAAAUCACACCUUCGGCACAAUCCGCGCAAAGGAAUGUAUAAACACUAAAAUUAGGAAAUGAUUCAGAUCCAGUGGUAUUACGCGGUAUUCAAGUUUUAGACUUGAUUAUAUAAUUGCUGCCCCUACGACCGGCGAGGCUUUGGGACAGGUGAAGUGAGAUGAGAGUGAGGUGAUAUGAUUUAUCUUUUUAACACCACCAUGAGUUUCUUUAGCACAUAGAAUCAAACCACUGAAUACAUCAGGCAUAUGAUCAUUGAAACAUCUGCAUUUUCUAUUUCAUUAUGUAACGCUAGUUCACCUUUAUCCGUAGGGUAGCCUAUAUCCGUUGCCUACAAAAACGGCUAUUUA